CCCGCUCUGCGACCGGUUGGCGGUGCGGAGUCAGUCGAGGUUGGGGUGGGGAGCGAUUUGCCGAUAAAUUUAUAAAAAAAUAAAAAUAAUAAUUAUGAAACUCUAACACUGCGAGCGUCGGGUCCAUAGCUCCCGCGGGAAGCGUCGCGUGUCCUUACUUAGAUUCAUGUUUUUGUUGUUUGAGGUUGACUACUAUGAGCUGCUGGAAGCGAGCGUGUGGGUCUUCCCGCGGCCUAGUGGAGCUUUAGGCGUUGCCUAGAUUCCCCGCGGGGAUUAGCGACUCGUGGGCCGGCAGGCGAAGUCGUGGCCGCUGCCACUCCCUACAACUUUCGCCUCCGUCUCUCUCUUCCCCCCUCUUCGUCUUCGUCGUCGUCGUCGUCCCCACCACCGCCGCUUUGCUCGUCAUGACGGCGACUGUGUUCUUCGGGUGCACCUUCAUCGCGUUCGGGCCGGCGUUCGCGCUCUUCGUGUUCACGAUAGCCAGAGACCCGCUCCGAGUCAUCGUCCUCAUCGCAGGGGCGUUUUUUUGGUUGGUGUCGCUCCUGAUGUCCUCCCUGCUGUGGUUCAUCGCUUACCAGCUCAGUGACAAGACCAAUGAGGGGCUACAGCGAGGCCUGCUGAUUAUGGGCGUCCUUUUUUCCAUCGCCAUGCAGGAAACUUUCCGCUACGGGUACUUCCGUCUGCUGAAGAAGGCUAAUGAAGGGCUAGCAUCUCUUGGUGAAGAGAGCAUGGCCCCCAUAUCCAUCCGACAGAUGGCCUACGUGUCUGGUCUGGGCUUCGGCAUGAUGAGCGGUGCGUUUUCUGGCGUGAACAUCCUUGCCGAGUCUCUGGGACCCGGGACGGUAGGAAUCCACGGGGACUCUGCACACUACUUCCUCUCAUCAGCCUUCAUGACCAUGGCCAUGGUGCUCCUGCACACUGCCUGGGGUGUGGUCUUCUUCCAGUCCUGUGACAGGAAACACUGGUGGGGAGUGGCUGCGGUUGUUUUAAGCCACGUCUUCGUGUCCUCACUGACGUUCGCGAAUCCCAAUUACGAGGCGAGCUUGAUACCGGCCUACCUCAUGAUGGCCGCCUUCGGCACGUGGGCUUACUUCACGUCCGGCGGCUCGCUGAGGAACAUCAAGAGCUUUGUGACAUGCAAGAGCUCUGAGUAUCUGCUGGCCAGCCACCGCCAAAGAUAGGGCUGCCUGCCCCUCGGUGUGCGAUUCAGCAUGCGUGUCUGUGUUCGUGGACGUGCAAAUAUGCGUGUAUUUUGGGGUGAAGUGCUGUCAAUCCAGGAGUGUGUGUGGAGCACGGGGAGCUGCAACUCAUCCCACCGAGGCUUUGCCUCUCAGUCAUAAUAAUCCAAAUAGAACUGCAUGUGGACAUUGCCAUAGCAGUAGCUGCUCAUGUUGUCUUUACAUUUAUUAAUUUGAGGUUAUUGUGUAGCUACACACGUAGGUCAUACGGUGUCACAAGCGCUCCAAUUCUAUUUUAAAGGUUCAUGAAUGAGAGGAAAUAUUUGAAAAAUUGCAGCUGCGUGACUUGCAGAUGCACCGCCGUGUCGGCCUCUUGUGAUGUCCCCACCACGUUUGUUUUUUCAACGGCGAGGUUCCUGUUACUCGGCUACUUCACGUUGUGCACUGCAUGGUGAGCGUCUCUUCAUCUUCGCAUAAAGAGCUCGGUAUCUGAAGCCACAAUGGCAGUACAACGGCUUGCAGCCGGGAGCUGGGAUUUCAGGGAUAAAAAAAAAUUUCAUUCAAAGAAGCCAAAUUAAUCUGCGCACGUUUCUGUUAAAUAUUGUUUUGAAAAUGUCGUGAAAUACCACUCAUUGUUUUUAGGUUACAUUUUUCUUUGGAAGUGCAUGAAAAAUCAACAAACUUUUACAAUUUGUGUGUCUCCUGGCCACUUGUCAUCUUCUGGUCUUGACGCACAUUCGAGAAAUAACUUUGAAGUCCAGUGCAAAGAAGCUGCAGCAGCUUAUUCUUCAAUAAUCAUUCUUUUUUUUUGUUACUAGAAAAUACCUGUACCCUGGUUGAGUGACAAGGUUGUCGUUGGUCGAGUGUGUUAAGCGCUGCUCUUGAUGCUGAUUAUGAUGUUUAACAGGACGCCGAGCAAUACAUCUUAGAGGUGCACUCAAUGGCAAUUUCUUGGAAGUGCAUGUCCCGCAUCGUUUGAUUAGUGGGGCGGGGGGCGGGGGGGUUAAGGGAGAAGUAAUGGAGGAGAAAGCAAUCUCCCUCAUUCUGUCCGCCCACAUCUCUCUUUGUCACUCACAAUGGGAUUUUGGGUGUGCCCCAAAAGGAUGUUUCGCCUGGUACUGUGUGCUUGCAUGUAUGUGUGUGUUUGUGAAUGUGUGUCGGAUACAUUUAUAUGUAAAUCCCUCUUUCCCCAUGGAGCAAUAUUAUUUUGGUAUUUAUUAGAUUUACCCAAUUCUGCCCUUCUUAACUGCCAUUAUUUCCAGUGAACGAUCAUUCUGCAUUGUAUCAGUCAACACGUGCGUCAUGUGUAUUGAUGAAGUUGCAUUAAGUGUGACGGACUGGUAAACUUGUGGGGGACUGAGGAGUUAACGUCUUUGACUAAUAUGAGACAUGAGAAGAGAAAUGGUCAACCUCCUCCACAUGUGUCUAUGUGAGUGUGUACGUGCAUACAUGUGGGGAGCGGUAGUGUAGUGGUUAGCGCUACGCUGCGCUACGAACCCAGCGACCCGGGUUCGAUUCCCGCUCACGGCCAACACCAUUGACGAUUAUCUGAACCGGUCCUGGGCCUCCCCUAGGUCGACUCAUCCUCAAAUUAGUACCUGGUGCAGUGUGUAAACAUCGCCACUAGCGAGACACAGGCGGCCGGGCGUGGUGUUGGCCACCCACCCCCUCGUGUGCCGUGUCGGCCUUCAUAAGUGUGCUCGCUAACAGCACUGGCCCCAACAGUCUGUUGGAGGCUAUACGAGGGAUUUUUGCCAUUUUUUUGCGUGCAUAGAUAACGCCUCGAUGUCAUCUCACUGUCUUGUUUGAAGUUGCCAUGCCAGUGAAGGAUUUCGAGUUUUACACAAAUUGGACCGAAAGAUGCUUUCGUACAACACAAGGCCUGCGGCAGGUGACUUGAUUAAACAUUAAACUUCAAGAUGAAGGAUACCGAUUGUGUAGGUGACCCAUUUCGCUUUGCUUAUGUGAUAUGUUGGCACAAGGCACUUGUGUGUUUUUUGAGUGAUAGUGUGCGUGCCACUGCAGUAUCACUUCUGUAAUCUAGCAAUAAAACAUCUAGCAAGUGGUUCACCUCGUUUAUAUCCUGGCAACAAUAAUACGCAUAAUUACAUUAUUUAUGCUGUGAUUUGCACUGACGUGUCACAUGUGUGCUGUGGCAGUUUAUGGGGUGCGUCGGCUGAUGGCCAAUUGGUACACCAGGGAAAAGCUAUCAUUUCGAACAUGUGUUUUGCGUCUCCAUUGGGAGGUUGCCCGUAAUGCCUUUCAUUAAGGUCUAUCUACGAAAAUAUUUAGUUAACUAUCACUGAGUAAAACCCACUGGGGCUGCGCGUGUGAGAAGCAGAAUCCAUUAUUGCAUUGUACGAUGCUCCUACGUCUACUACGCUCGCCACCUUCAACGUGCACUGACCGGUGUGGUGAAGUAUGGCCAAAAUACCCGCAUCAGAAGUGGGGAGGCCAUCAUGCAGCAGUGAAUUGACAAAAAGGGCUGUAUUUGUAUAAAACCUAGCAUUUUUUAUAUUUUAUAUACUGUACACAACUUCACUGCGACAGCAUUAGCAUACUUAUUUUAUCAGGUAAAUUGAUUUCCUUUCAAACAAGUGAAAGCAUAGGUUUACGAUGUAGAGUGAAAUAGAGUAUUGUGUUAGAGUCCAGGGGUGGGGAACGUCCGGCCUGCGAAAUCAUUUGGGUCUGGCCCUGCCGAGGCAACUGCAGGCGGGACUCGAAAUUCAAUAAAUCUAGGAGCAAACCUGGAAAAGCAGUUGCGAAUAGCAACAUCAUCAAUACCAGCUAACAUCACACGCCUCACCAAAGAGAAGCAGUUCCAGCCAUCACAUUAGGGGUGAGUUAAUUAAAUGUUUGACCAAAUAUAGCAGACUACUUUUUUUUAAGUUGAUAAUUUUGUAUGGCCCGCGAAUGAUGUUAUAAAUGUCCAAAUGGUCCUUGGCAGAAAAAAGGUUCCCCACCCCUGUAAUUAGACGAUGACCACCUUUCACCCUGUUGCAAUCUGCCAAUGAACACGCGUGUUCAAAAUAAAUGCAUGUAAACAAUAUCCGCGUUGCUGUGAUCACGACUCUUUAUUUACAGGUCCGGCCAAUCUGCAAUCGCGCUGGAUGUCCUCAUUGACUCCUCCUGUUGUCCGCAACUUGGUGGGUUAAGGGGAAACACCACAGAUUGACGCAUAGAAGAGACUGUUACGAUGGGUUAGCUCUGCUUUGUAUGUCCGUGGCAGAUUAGCUGAGGAGGCUCAUGGCUCCACGCACUUCAUGUUUUUUUCACAGUGAGAUAAAAAAUAAAAAAGAUGAAAACAUUCCUGUGGGAGUGAGAGGAAGUCUGCAGAACAGACCUUUACAAAUGAUGUCAUGUUUCCAACCGACAUAGCAAAUGUAAAUUUUAGGCAUUUUAAGAGGAAUUUACAUAGCGCAUGUAUUCAUUUAUCCUUUCCUUCAUGUUGAAACUCCAAACAUUUUUUUUUGGUUUUGCUCUACAGUUUUUCACUUUCACGGACAAAAUAAUGCGAGUCGCAUAAAAUUGUGGAUGAUAGAAUUAGUUUAACAACAACAUGAAAAAGUUAAAGCAAAAUCGAGCUAUAACGUCCGUGACAAUGCAUUUUUAAUAAUGUUUGGCAUGCGAGGUAAUAAUGUUUGUCUGAUUUUACUUGUAUAAUACCCCACUGAUUGUCUAAAGUGUUUAUUAUUUUUUUGUGUCUUUGACAAGUGGGAAACUUUCAAUAAUGAGCUAAUUCAUAUGCACAGACUUGCACUCGCUUUCGAGGAUAAUAUCUCUCCAUAUAUUUGAACACAGAACGCAGAGGAUUUAGAAUUGAAUGAACAUUAUUUUGUUUAUUUUUUUAAAGGCAUCUCAUUAUUGCAGUGUUGGACAUUUGGAUGGAUAGGCGUGCGACAUCACUAAGCAAACGUCUUCAAUUCUCUUGAUACACGUGUAGGUAUACAUUCUGCAAUUUGUUCAGCAUCUUUGCACAAAUCGCCCGAAGAUGCUGGAUGUAAUUACCAGCGAAACGUACUCAAAUUCUAAAUGUUGUGGAUUCACUCUUGAAACACACCGGUGGGCUGAAGAAGUAACUAAUUGGCGUUUUGUUAACGUGACAUUUUUUUACUGAUUGGCCGUGUCGAGUGGUGGAGGGUUGCGACACAUUUAUAUAACGCGAUCAAACCCAAACACCUUUAUUAUGAAGGAAGGAGGCAGUCAUACGCCACAUCUUUCACACGUGCAUGCUUCGACGAAUAGGUGCACCGUGUGGUGCCAGAUAGAAGAUCGUUAACUAAAAAGAUUUGGGCUAUGACGGAAACAUGCUGCAUGUUGCUUUAAUGAGUGACACUUGGUAUUAAAGCAUUAAUUAUUUGUCUUACCACACGCAGAGUACUGUCACACAUAAACAUGUCUCCACCCUGGAACACCAAAAAUAGCGCUUCCAGAGAAAUCAGAUAUGCAGUUGAUUACUCGCUAUAAAAAAAACUCACGCAAAAAAACAUAGUUAUGGAUGCAUACGUAUAAAGUGUGUCUGUACAUCUUCUUGGUUCUUUCGGUAAA